GAAAUCAUAUAUAGCUGAAACCAAUUAAUUUCCUUGGUCAACACUUUCCCACAACUGAUGGUUAUUAGCUAAUCCGUUUAUUACUUCUCAAAAAGUGACCAUAUUCAAAGUUGAAUCUUUAAGAUUCCUUAUAGUGCUAAAAUAGUUGACUUUAGGUUCCUUUUUAACACAUAUAUAAAAGCUGGCAGGAGCUUCCCUCUUCUUCCCAGUGUACUUAGAUCUUAGGUCUGGUUAAGUUCUUCCGCUAAAAUAAAUCUUCUGGUUGCAAUGAACCGUGAUGUUACUGACGAGGCGGGGUCAAAGGAGAUCGACACAAGUAUGUGUAUGUCUCCUUCACAAGAUCACAAUCCAGAAAAUUUGCCAUAUGUUCACAAAGUGGGGGUUCCUCGGAGGCAAAACCUUUUGAAGCAGUUUACAGCUUCUGUAAAGGAAACUUUCUUCGUUGGUAACCCCUUCCGACCCUUCAAGGGCCAAUCCAGAUUAGGAAAGUUUGUCCUUGCUCUCCAAGCUGUUUUCCCUAUUGUUAGUUGGGGGAAGGACUAUAAUCUUGCUAGAUUCAAAGGAGACCUAAUAGCUGGACUUACCAUUGCAAGCCUGUGUAUUCCUCAGGAUAUUGGAUAUGCAAAGCUUGCAAAUCUGCCACCCCAAAAUGGAUUAUACAGCAGUUUUGUUCCCCCUCUUAUUUACGCCUUCAUGGGAAGCUCGAGAGACAUUGCUAUAGGACCCGUGGCUGUUGUGUCUCUCUUACUUGGAAGUCUUCUACAGGAUGAGAUUGAUCCAGUGAAAGAUGCACUUGAGUAUCGACGUCUUGCAUUCACAGCUACCUUCUUUGCUGGCAUCACUCAAUUCACACUAGGGUUUUUCAGAUUGGGUUUCUUGAUUGACUUUCUUUCUCACGCUGCAAUCGUUGGGUUCAUGGGUGGAGCUGCUAUUACCAUUGCCCUACAACAGCUCAAAGGUUUGCUUGGCAUAUCUAACUUCACGAGGAAGACUGAUAUUGUCUCUGUUAUGCGCUCAGUAUGGGGUACAAUACAUCAUGGGUGGAACUGGCAAACAAUGGCAAUAGGCAUCUCGUUCUUGGCUUUCCUUCUACUUGCCAAGCACACUGGAAAAAAGAACAAAAAACUUUUCUGGGUUCCUGCAAUUGCUCCUAUGGUUUGUGUCAUCCUGUCCACCUUUCUCGUGUACAUAACCCAUGCUGAUAAGCAUGGUGUUCAAAUUGUUCGGCAUAUAAAAAAGGGCAUAAAUCCACCAUCCUUUAAGGAAAUUUAUUUUACUGGAAAAUAUUUUGGAAAAGGAUUUCGGAUUGGUGUUUUAUCGGGUAUGAUAGGACUAACGGAAGCUAUAGCAAUUGGAAGAACAUUUGCGGCAGUAAAGGACUAUCAUCUUGAUGGAAACAAAGAAAUGGUGGCACUGGGGACAAUGAAUGUUGUUGGUUCCAUGACAUCGUGUUAUGUUGCUACAGGAUCCUUCUCUCGCUCAGCCGUAAAUUUCAUGGCUGGCUGCAACACAGCCAUGUCCAACAUUGUGAUGUCUUGUGUUGUAUUUUUGACUUUGGAAUUCAUGACAUCACUAUUUAAGUACACCCCAAAUGCUAUACUUGCUUCUAUCAUUAUAUCUGCUGUGGUAGGCCUAAUUGAUGUUGAAGCAGUGAGUCUAUUGUGGAAGAUUGAUAAAUUUGAUUUUGUUGCUUGCAUGGGAGCCUUUUUCGGUGUGAUUUUUGUUUCUGUUGAGAUUGGCCUUUUAAUUGCGGUCUCAAUAUCAUUUGCCAAAAUACUCUUGCAAGUGACAAGGCCAAGAACUGCAUUACUUGGUAACCUUCCAGGGACUGCUGUUUACAGAAACAUCCUGCAAUAUCCAGAAGCAACAAAGGUUCCAGGCAUCCUGAUUGUUAGAGUAGAUUCUGCUAUAUACUUUUCAAACUCCAACUAUAUUAGGGAAAGGAUUUUGAGAUGGCUAACCGAUGAAGAAGAACAGCUAAAAAAGAAGGGUCUACCUGCAAUCCAGUAUUUGGUUGUUGAAAUGUCACCUGUUACCGACAUUGACACUAGUGGCAUUCAUGCCUUUGAAGAAUUAUAUAGGAGUCUUCAGAAGAGAGAUGUUCAGUUACUUCUAGCAAAUCCAGGGACUGUUGUGGUCAACAAGUUGCAUGCAUCAAAGAUUGCAACCUUGAUUGGGGAGAGCAAGAUUUUUCUGUCCGUUGCCGACGCAGUCCAAUAUGUUCCGAAGACAGAGGAACCUUGAAUGAGAGGGGAUCAAUUAACGGUGCCAUAUUGCCAAUAUUGAAGGAGCUCUAGAAAUUUAAUAUGAUUUUUUGUUACUUCGGUUUUUUAUUUUUUUUGUUUUUUCUUAGGAAACAUAGACACUUCAUUUGAGGUGUUAUACAUGUGUUAUAUCGGUGUCAUACCUUCCUUGUUAUGUUAUAAAUUUUCAAAAAUUGCUCAUGUUCCCAUAU